AUGAGCGGCGUCGACCUCUUCAGCACGCUGCCGGACCACGUCCUCCAGCACGUGCUCUCCUUCCUCCCGUCGCGCAACGCCGUCUCGUCCUCCGCGCUCUCCCGCCGCUGGCGCCACCAAUGGAGAUCCAGCCCCGCCCUCCGCGUCCCCGGCCCGGACGCCUCCACCUUCAUCAACCGCUUCCUACUCCUCCGGGACGGCGUCUCGCCGCUGCGCACGCUCGAGAUCGACGUCGGCCACUGCAGCAACGAGUACGACGACGACGACGUCGACAUGUGGAUCCGGCACGGCGCGCUGACGUGUCAGACGCUCGCUUUCGCCGCCAGCGCGGAGCAGCCUUCCGAGAUGCUCAGGCUCACGCGCGGGCCGCUCGCCGCCCGGCACCUGACGACGCUGCGCCUCCGCUCCGUCAGAAUCGACGGGGACUUCCUCGACCUCUCCCGCUGCCCGGCGCUGCUGCAUCUCUGCCUCAGCAAAUGCCUCCUCGACUGCAAGACCAUCGCGUCGAGCUCGCUGCGGCGUCUCAGCCUCGCCGACUGUUCAUUCGUUUCGUCCACCAAGACGAGCACCAGGAUCGCCACGCCCAGCCUCCGCUGGCUGCACCUGGAGGGACCUCCUCGGUGCCUUCUCGAGAGCAUGCCGUCGUUAACUGCGGCGACCGUGCUGCUUUUGUGGGGCAAAGAGGCUAAGGACUGCGGCAGCCGUAGCAUGCUUCUUGAUGCCCUGUCGGAGGCGACGACUUUGGAGCUCAUGGCUUCGUCUUCCCGUGGACAGGCUAUUUUGCAAAGGGAUUUGAAAUGGUGUCCUACAUUUAGCAAGCUGAAGACUCUGGUGCUUAAUGACUGGUGCAUAUAUGACGACAAAAGUGAGCUUGCGUGUCUUCUUUGGCACUCACCAGUUCUUGAGAAGCUCACUUUUGAAUUUUCCAAGAAACCAUCGUAUGAGUUGAAAACAAAAGGAAGCUAUGAUACAGUUACAUCUGAGCAGAAAACGUUUGAGCGCCUUGAGACCGUAGAAAUUAAGUGUCAAGAAGUCGGUAGAAGGGUUUUCAAGGUCUUGAGGGUGUUAAGUGCAUGUGGAGUACCUCUCGCCAAAAUCAGCAUCCAAGGAAGCUGCUCACAAUCUGAACGUUUUAAUUUUGCCUGCACAAGUUUCAGCUUCAUAGAGAGUUGA